AUGACGCCCACGAAGACUACGAAAACUGAAGUAGAAAUGGUAAUACGAAAUAGAAAAACUGUUAUGAAAGACGGGAUAAUGACAAUGUCGGGCAUCGGCGAGCCUUCGGUUUUCCACGCUUUAGUGGUAAUCUUUUUGGAAUUUUUUGCAUGGGGACUACUCACGAUGCCGAUAAUAUCAGUUUUGAACGCCACAUUUCCGGAUCACACGUUCCUGAUGAACGGUCUCAUAAUGGGAAUUAAGGGAAUCCUAUCAUUCUUGUCUGCUCCGUUAAUCGGAGCUCUGUCCGACGUGUGGGGAAGGAAAUUUUUCCUGUUAGUGACUGUUUUCUUCACAUGCGCGCCCAUUCCAUUGAUGACCUUCAACACCUGGUGGUUCUUUGCGAUGAUAAGCAUUAGCGGUGUAUUUGCCGUGACCUUCUCCAUUGUGUUCGCGUACGUGGCUGAUGUAACGACAGAAGCUGAGAGGUCGCGAGCAUACGGCCUCGUGUCCGCAACAUUCGCAGCCAGCAUGGUGAUAUCGCCUGCACUGGGUGCAUACCUCAUGGACUUAUACGGCGAAGUUCUUGUUGUCGCCGCUGCUACUGCUGUGGCUGUCCUUGAUGUCUUUUUCAUAAUGGUUGCGGUUCCUGAAAGUCUCCCUGAAAAAGUUCGCCCAAGUGGUUGGGGUCCUGCUAUAAGCUGGGAGCAAGCAGAUCCAUUUGCUGCACUUAGAAAAGUUGGCGCAGAACGUACAGUGCUCAUGUUGUGUGUUGCCGUGUUUUUAUCAUACUUACCUGAAGCAGGACAAUAUUCAUGCAUAUUUGUGUACUUGAAACUAGUGAUGGGCUUUGGAGUGGUACAAGUGGCAAUAUUUAUUGCAAUUGUUGGUGUACUUAGUAUUGCAGUGCAAGUGGUUCUCGGAUUUCUGAUGAAGUCCCUUGGUGCAAAGCACACCAUUAUGCUUGGACUCCUAUUUGAGAUGAUGCAACUAAUGUGGUAUGGCUUUGGAAGCCGUACAUGGAUGAUGUGGGCUGCUGGUGUGUUAGCAGCCUUAGGCUCAUUGACCUACCCUGCAAUCAGUGCAUAUGUGUCAGUCAACAGCAGAGCUGACAGGCAAGGAGUUGUGCAGGGUAUGGUAACUGGUGUGAGAGGUCUAUGUAAUGGACUGGGCCCAGCUAUGUUUGGAGUUAUAUUUUAUCUAUUCCAUGUCGAUCUAAAUGAAGAACAUGCAGGAGUAAAUGCUCGACCAAAUGAGGAAAAGUAUGUGAGAAUGGUACCAGGACCACCAUUUGUGCUUGGAGCCUUGCUUGUCAUUUGUGCUCUACUCGUGGCCGCAUUCUUACCUGAAGAUGGAACUGUUGGUGGACGACGAGCUUCCCCUGAUCUACGAUUCGAAUUGGAGCGAGGACGACGCGUAGCUGGUCCCUUGUCUCCGUUAAUGGCUCCUGAGUCUGCAGCUCUC